AUGGCUUAUGUAUUGACUAGCGAAUUCUUAAAUGAAGAAGAUUUAAUGUCGCUGUUAGCAAAUCGUCUUCCAAAUGAAUCCAAAGCUACGUUAAUUAAUAAUUCUCGGCAAAAUCGUUGUCGAGAAUUUAAAGACCUCGGAGUUGAACGGCAAAGGCUUGGUCUUUGGAAACCUAUUGGUAGAUCGAAAUUUCGUUUUUCAAAAUUAUUAGAGAUCUUACACCUAAAUAGUGUUGAAUCAAAAAUAGGGAUUUGGGAAUAA